GACUCUGUAACUGCAACUUCGAAAUCAUCAUGGCUGGUGCUCUCCAGAACGCGAAGCGAGACAUUGCCAAGAUUCGGGAUGAGGAUAGGGAGAGCCGAUUCGGUCAGGUCUACGGCGUUUCAGGUCCUGUCGUCGUAGCAGAAAACAUGAUCGGGGCGGCCAUGUACGAGCUUGUUCGCGUGGGCCAUGAUGAGCUGGUCGGCGAGGUCAUCCGUAUCGAGUCGGACAAGGCUACCAUCCAGGUUUAUGAAGAAACCUCUGGCGUCACUGUUGGUGACCCUGUGUUGCGAACUGGCAAGCCGCUUAGCGUCGAGCUUGGUCCCGGUCUAAUGGGGAACAUUGUCGAUGGUAUUCAGCGACCCCUACGGUCAAUUCAAGAGCGCUCGAAGUCGAUCUACAUACCCCGUGGAAUCAAUACCGAUGCCUUGGAUCGUGGUCUAUCCUGGGACUUCAAGCCCGCCGGUUUCAAGGUCGGUGACCAUAUCUCUGGUGGUGACAUCUUCGGCGGUGUAUAUGAGAACUCUCUUGUCGACAACCACAAGAUCAUGCUUUCUCCCCGAGCCCUUGGCACAAUCACGCACAUCGCAGAGAAGGGCAGCUAUGCAGUCGAUGAUAUCGUGCUUGAAACCGAGUUCGAGGGAAAGACAACUAAACACACUAUGAUGCAGUUAUGGCCAGUCCGUGCACCCCGCCCUGUGACCGAGAAGCAGACGGCGGACUAUCCAUUGUUGACUGGUCAGCGCAUUCUCGAUGCGCUAUUCCCCUGUGUGCAGGGCGGAACGACUGCUAUCCCCGGCGCUUUCGGAUGUGGAAAGACCGUCAUUUCUCAAGCGCUCUCCAAAUACUCCAACAGCGACAUCAUCGUGUAUGUCGGAUGCGGUGAACGAGGCAAUGAGAUGGCCGAAGUGCUCAUGGAGUUCCCUGAACUCACGAUGGAAGUCGGAGACCGCCAGGAGCCCAUCAUGAAGCGCACGACUCUCGUCGCUAACACGUCUAAUAUGCCUGUCGCUGCACGGGAAGCGUCCAUUUACACUGGUAUCACGCUUUCCGAAUAUUUCCGUGACCAAGGCACCAACGUGGCUAUGAUGGCGGACUCUACGUCACGAUGGGCUGAGGCUUUGCGUGAAAUCUCGGGUCGUUUGGCUGAGAUGCCGGCUGAUUCUGGUUAUCCGGCUUAUCUGGGAACGAAAUUGGCCAGUUUCUACGAGCGUGCUGGCAAAGUCGUUUGUAUUGGAAACCCAUCUCGACAGGGCACCGUGUCGAUUGUGGGCGCUGUGUCCCCUCCUGGUGGUGAUUUCUCGGAUCCUGUGACGUCAGCGACGCUUGGUAUCGUUCAAGUGUUCUGGGGAUUGGACAAGAAGUUGGCCCAGCGAAAGCACUUCCCGUCAGUCAACUGGUCACUUUCGUACUCCAAAUACACGAAAGUACUGGAGUCGUUCUAUCAGUCUGACGCCCCUGGUUUCGUCGAUCUGCGCACCAAGACCAAGGAAAUUCUGCAGAAGGAAGAGGACCUUGCCGAGAUUGUGCAGCUCGUCGGCAAGAGCGCUUUGGGCGAAAACGACAAGAUUACACUCGAAGUUGCGCGCAUGCUGAAGGACGAUUUCCUGCAGCAGAAUGGCAUGAGCGAGUAUGAUCGAUUCUGCCCAUUCUACAAGACCAAUUUGAUGCUCAAGAACUUCGUCGGCUUCCACGAUGCGGCGAUCCGAGCCGUCAGCCAGGGACAAGGCGACAUCACCUUUGCCAAAAUCAAGGAAAAUGCCAGCGAUCUGAUGUUCAAGCUGUCCCAGAUGAAGUUCGAGUCCCCAUCACAAGGCAAGGAGCCGAUUGUGGAGAAGUUGGAGGCUCUGCACACCGAAAUUCAAGACAAGUUCCGUCAGAUGAUCGAGUAAACUGUAUCCAUGGACAAAGCAACGUACAAUUAUCAGUAGAACAUUUUACGAGUCUGUUAUCAGCAGGGAUACCAGUAUCUAAUCAGUUCCGGUCACAGUCACAUCAGUUCUCUGUGCCGCAAUCAUCACCGUCAUCAUCUAUUACUUACAGCUCCACUUGUGCUCCAACAGUGUGUCUAUUCACGACUCAAUGAACUAUGACGGUCACGCAACGCAAAGUACUUGGACAACCUGAAGACGCUGUGGUUGUCGUAAAUGAGCCUGGAGUGCAAUUUCAGUGCGAUUCCUGCGCGUGCGAUGUAACACACACUAUACGCAUCAAAUGCGCCGACCCUAUUUGCGCCACAGGUGAAGGCGUUGAUAUCUGCCCACCUUGUUUUUGCGAGGGCAAGGAGUUUGGAGAACACAAGAGAGGACAUGCAUACCGAGUCAUCGAAUUCAACUCCUACCCUAUAUUCUCCGAGGACUGGGGCGCGGAUGAGGAGCUACUGUUGCUGAAGGGAAUGGCGAGUCAAGGCAUUGGAAACUGGAAGAAGAUUGCGGAGCAUGUCGGCACUCAAACCAAGGAAGAAGUGGAGAAGCAUUAUAACAGUGUAUAUGUUGAUUCUCCGCACUGGCCUCACCCUCAAAUGGAUCUGACAUUUGAUAUCCCUCCCGAUGAAUUUCAAGAACGGAAACGGAAGCGUAUAACGGAGAUGAACGCGAUGCCCAUCUCCGCACCCAAACCAGCACCGACAUCAGCUCCUGGCGUGCACGAAAUCGCGACUUUUCUUCCCGGACGGUUGGAAUUUGAACACGAGCUCGAUCACGAUGCCGAAGACCUGGUGAAAGAUCUGGAGUUCGGAGUAGUGAUGGACUAUGGCGGACAAGACAUACCCGAGGAUGAAAAUGACAAGGAAGUGUUGGCUCGAAUACGAUGGGAAGAGGAGCGAGCCAACGGCAUAACGACUUUCCCAGUUUUCCCGUUCGAAAGAAGAUCGGUGUCGAGCCCUGUCCCGGCUAUCAACGGAUCCGGUUCAAAUGGGGUGCAAGCCAAUGGGGAGAACAAGCAUACGGAAGAUCAAGAGACGGCGAACGGGACGAAUAAUACUGACGACGACGAAGAGCCUACCCAACUGCCUCCUUUUGAAACAGAACAAUCGCUCGCCUUUAAACUGACAUUACUCGAGAUGUAUUUCCAGCGUGUCGACAAGCGUUUGGAAGGCAAAGGGCUUGUGUUUGAUCGAGGUCUUCUGGAAUAUAAAAAGCUGCAAGUCCUCGAGAAGAAGCGGUCCAAAGAGGACAAGGAUAUCUUGCAUCGCCUCCGUCCAUUUGCAAGAUUGCAGACAGCGGAUGACUAUGAAGCAUUUUCGGCGGACAUUCUAUACGAGGCAAUGCUUCGCAAAAAGAUUCAGGACUUGCAAAGCUAUCGCCGAGUGGGACUUGUUGGCCCUGCUGAUAUUGAAAAGUAUCAUAUCGACCUGAACAAACGAACGACACAGCCCAAAGGCGCUCCCCGAGAACACAGCUCUUCCGACAAACAUCGACGACAAUCUUCAGUGACCGACAGAUCCAGUGUGGCACCGAUGGAUGUGGAUGGGCAAGAAGAAACCACUUCUAAGCUCAACCCUUCCAACACUCAUCGGAAACGAGGCCCGCUGAAUCUCGCGAACAGUCCAUCGCUGCAUCUGCUUUCGCCUGCAGAGCAGACACUCUGCGCUCAGUUGCACAUUCUUCCCAAGCCAUAUCUGGUGGUGAAAGAAACCCUGAUGAGAGAAUAUGCGCGACGCGGUGGUAAACUCCGCCGGCGGGAAGCCCGGGAUCUGGUCAAGAUAGACGCGAACAAAACGAGCAGGGUGUGGGACUUUUUAGCACAGGCUGGGUUUCUCCAAAUCAAUGUGGAUCCAACAACCUCGACCUCUGCACGUGCCUCGACUCCCUCUGUUGCUCCCUCCCAGGACGCUAGUUUGCCGCCGACACCACUACUCAAUGGGAUCUCGGCUCCAAACUCGGAGCCAGCCACGCCAGUCAUCCCUCCUUCAGCCCGAAGGCCAUCGCUCUCAUCAUGGGCACCGCCACCUUGAAUUGCAGUAUACAUUGUAAUUAAUCACUGCAUUCUGUAUAUCUUACGCAUCUGCAUUCCGCUUUGGCGCCUUCUGCUCCUUGAGAUUGUCUUUGACGAGUUCGCUGAACUCCUCACGCA